GCUGCAGUUUCUCAAUCGAAGAAUAGUUUCAGUUUCUCGAGAAACCUCAACCUGAAAGGAAGUGGUGAUUGUGAUAAAGUGUUAUUUCGUCAUCUUUAGGUGUUACAACGCAGGCAACUGUGCAUCUUUAGAACAGCUUGUCCGUUGAUCGGCACGCUUCGAUGUUGUUUUUUUUUUUCUCUCACAUGUGAUUUUGUGUUUUGUAAAUUGUGAUUAGCUGAGACACUGCUUGCUACGCUCACAUACACCCAAGCUGCAUCAAUCAAUCGGUCAACGGGAGCAAGUUACGGAACUGGAAACGAAUCUCGAACCAGCGACCCCAUAUCCGGUGGAUACUCCUCAGCAUGGCACAAAUCGAGCAGGGUAGCAUUGUGAACAUCAUGCGCAGUGACGGUCGGGUACAUUCAGCGAUGGUGUCGUGUGUCCACGAGGACACCCGCUCGGUCACAGUGGAAUGGUACGAACGGGGCGAAACGAAGGGCAAAGAGAUGGAUCUCGACAUGUUGUUGGAGCUGAACCGAGACCAACUAAUGAGGGCUACCGAGAGCCAGGAGAACAACCCGCCAGCGAUGUCCGAAAACAGAUCGCAAGCGCUGACCGAGAGCAGGAUCCCACCGCCGCCAGCUAGGAUGAUGAACCCUGUGAAUCGUCGAUCGAGCUCCUUCGAUGAUGAGGAGGAUGCGAAACCAGAUGAGCAAACGAACCCGACACAAGCGGUGAUCCGCUACCAGAAUUUGAUGGCCAAUCGCCAAACCAUGGUGGGGGUCGUUCCUGCCACCUCGACGGUCACUGCACCGUCCUCACAGGCCGCGCCAUUGACCGGGGCAGCGCCAGCCAGGCGACCGACGACACAAGCCCUUGCCGCAGAUACACAACGACGACAGACGUUAAUAAAUGGUAACCGAGCAGCGGAGCAGCACCCUGUUGAAAAUAGGAGGCCACCACAGCGGGGGAUAAUAGGGGGAACAACAGGCGCUCAGCAGCAGCAGCAGCAGCAACAGCAACAGCAACAGCAACAGCCUAGCACGUCGCAAACCAAUGGUGCCGGCACACAAGCAGUGAGCGGAUCCGUGCCCCGACGCUCAUCGUGCGUGGUCUCGGUGAGCCUGAUGGAGGAGAACCGAGCGCGACAGCGGGACAGGUUUAAGGUGUUGCGCGAGCAGAAGAACGCACUGAUGAACCAGGACGGUGGCAACCCUAACUGGGAGUUCGCCAACAUGAUCCGCGAGUUCCAGAGCACCGUUGAAUUUCGGCCCCUCACGGACGACCAGCCGGUCGACUGUCUACCGAUCACGGUGUGCGUGCGAAAGCGCCCGCUCAGCAAAAAGGAGAAGGCGCGCAAGGAUAUUGACGUCAUCUGCGUACCAAAUCAGAACACGCUGCUCGUGCACGAACCGAAGGUAAAGGUAGACCUAACAAAGUAUCUGGAAAAUCAGAAAUAUGGCUUCGAUUACAUUUUCGACGAAACGUGCUCAAACGAGACGGUAUACAUGUACUCGGCAAAGCCGCUAGUGCAAUCGGUAUUCGAGGGAGGAAUGGCGACCUGCUUCGCCUAUGGUCAGACCGGCUCCGGCAAAACGUAUACUAUGGCCGGCACCUUCACCGGCAAAACGGGACAACAGAACCGCCAAAAUGGCAUCUACGCGCUCGCGGCAAAAGACUUCUUCGAUCUUCUGCACAGCCCCCAGUACGGUGACCAUCACUUUUUGGUGACGGCCAGUUUUUACGAAAUCUACAGCGGAAAGGUGUUCGAUCUGCUGGCAGAUAAACGGAAGCUCCGGGUGCUCGAGGACGGCAAGCAAAAGGUGCAGCUGGUCGGACUAAAAGAGACGGAGGUUUCCACGGUGGAGGAGGUGCUAGCGGUCAUCAAUGCGGGCAACAGCGUUCGUACGUCGGGCCAGACUACCGCUAACUCCAACUCGUCGCGUUCGCACGCUAUUUUUUCGUUGACGUUAUGGGUCCCGAACUCGACCGAAACCUGGGGCAAGUUUUCGUUCAUCGACCUGGCUGGCAGCGAGCGGGGAGCGGAUACGUCGGCACUGGACCAGCGCACCCGAUCGGAGAGCUCGGACAUCAACAAGUCGCUGCUGGCACUGAAGGAGUGUAUUCGUGCGCUCCAUCUGCCGGUCCGCGGUCGUAAGAAGCAUCGGCCGUUCCGUGGUAGCACGCUGACGAUGGUACUGCGCGACUCUUUUAUCGGAGAAAAAAGCCGAACGUGCAUGAUAGCGAUGAUUGCGCCCGGCAUGUCGUCCUGUGAGCACACGCUCAACACGCUGCGUUAUGCGAACCGCGUCAAGGAGCUGGUAGUGAUCGAUCCGUCCGCCAACCCCGGUGGUCCGACCCCGAACGGUGAGCAGGCGAUCGAUGAUGAGCAGGCGAACGAUGAUGAGCUGGAAACCGAUUCAGCACUCGUACAAGCGUUAAACGACAAUGAAAUGUCGGUGGAAGUAUUCAACCAUCACGCGGCCAUAACGGAGCUGCAGCAGAAGGAGGAGGAAGUUGUGGAUAACCAUCAGCGGGUGCACGAGUUUAUGGAGAAGGGCAUCCAAGAAUCGCGGGAGUUAUUCAACUUAGCCAACACAGUAUACUGCGACCAGCUCGCGUAUGCUAAAGCAUGUAAAAGAUUAUUUACCGCUUUAGCAGAAAAUGCAUCAUCGAUGAACCGUAUCUUGACGGAGUUUGAGACCAUGCUGAUACAGGAAGAAAUGACAUCCCAGGCGGCACACACGCACUAACUCUUAUUGAUGAGAUAACUAACAUUGAUGCAUUUUUUGCUCGCAACUUUUUUUUCCCUAGAAACAAUUGUUAGCACCCACAUAAUUUCUGUUUUUUUAUGUUGAGAAGAUUGUUUAUAUCGAGAAGAUUGUUACACUGAGAGAGGUUGUUUACCUUCGGUCAUCGUCAAUUUUACAAUAGAUUGUUUGGCUAGCUCAUGUAUGAUUCGUGUAUCACGGGUUUUUUGUGCGUAUGCUAAAUUAAAUCAUCACACAUUUAUUUUACUAUAGCACUGUCAGUCGAUCGUUUUCCAAGGAUAUCUGUUUUUUUUUGGUAUUUCUGUUCUUAUACGUGUUUCAUCCUACAUUUUUACAGCGUAUGCUCUAAAGCGUAUAAAUAUUAUUUACCGCUUUAGCAGAAAAUGCAUCAACGAUGAACCGUAUCUUGACGAAAUUUGAGACCAUGCUGAUAGAGGAAGAAAUGACAUCCCAGGCGCCACACACGCACUAACUCUUAUUGAUGAGAUAACUAACAUUGAUGCUUUUUUUGCUAGCAUCAACUUUUUUUUCCUAGAAACAAAAGAGAAGAGUUGACAAUAUUGUUAUACUGAGAGAGAAGAUUGUUUUUUACCUUCGGUCCUCUAUUAGUUUCGGUUGCCUUUAACGUUAACCUUUUAAAUUAUCGUGCUCUACAGCGUCCGCCAUCUGUCAAUAAACCGAUCUCAUGGCUUUUUUUUGCUACGCAGGUCUAAUCGUAUUUUCUUAAAAUUCAUAAUAGAAUUAUUAUCUAUUGACUGUUUAACUAUUGUGCAAUUUCUUGAUCCAUUUAAAUAGAACCAUCCAACAGCUGAGUGCUGGAGCUAAAGAUGCCGAAGAAUAUCUUUAGCAUGAGGUGUCUGCUGGGAUUGACAACUUGGCAGGUGUUCUACUUACGACGCUAUUAAGAAGCUGAUUUGAUUUUUUCAGAUACUGAAGUUGCAGAAGUUGUUGGAGCUUGACUUUUUUUUUAUUCAUUACAUUAUAUUCCGAUUGAAAUGGGAAUUGUAAAUCUAUGCAAAACAAAUUGCAAGGUCUAAAGCAUAUAGUGUGAACUAGAUAGCUUUUACUAUCACUGUGUCCGAUUCAGAUUAACAAAAAGAGUAUUACGAAUGAAAAAGGAACUGGUUUGUCAAUAAUAAGUAGUUAACUCAAUGGAUUACAAAUUUACAAUAGAUUUUUUUUUAUCAGCUCAUGUAUGAUUCGUGUAUCACGGGUUGUUUGUACGUAUGUUAAAUUAAAUCAUCGCAGAUUUAUUUUACUAUAGCACUGUCAGUUGAUCGUUUUCCAAGGAUAUGUCGUUUUGUUUUGGUGUUUCUGUUUCCGUUUAUUUUAGUUACCUGCUAAUCACUAAUGAAUUCUUCUAGCACGUUUAAUAACAAUUUCUUACCCGCCAUGGCAGUUUUUCCGUUUUCUUCGUUUCGCAACUAUUACGACACCACCAUAAAACAAUCUUCUCAGUGCGUUUUCAUUGCUUCGUUAAUGUUCCGUCACCAUAAGAGUGCCACCGUCACCAUAGAGAAGAUUGUUCUCUCUCAUAGUCACAAUAUAAACAAUCUUCUCAAUGUAUUUUAAUCGCUUCGUUAAAGUGACGACAUAAGCAAACAAAUGUAUGUACAAUAUGCAUAAUUGAGUGGGAACAUAGUAGAUAUAGUUUAUGUACCGCUAUAACAGCAAGAUAUAUAUAGAGUAAUAAUUGAAGGUAUUUAAUAGGACACUCGAAAUAGCAUUCAUUAAAUGCAUGGCUGCAACACAUCUCGAUGCUUCUUUCCGACUCUCAAAUGUCGAAGUGGAUUCGCUGUGUUUUUACUCACCCCUUCGUAGCUUUUAGUUUCGAUGCCCUUCUUCACAUCGAGCGAUACCACGGUGGGCUGCAAGACAAAUAAAAAAAUGUGUAAAUGAU